ACGAGCAGCCAUGUCCACAACUGCUGAGCCUCAGAAACACAGCCUAUCCAGCAGGGAGCGAUGUCCACAGGCCAGUGGUCUGGAGAGUUUGGCAUCUAUGGUGAGUUCUGUGGAGGAAAUCCCUGACCCCAUACCCACAACCAUCAAAGGAACUAUUCCCACCUGGAUCAAUGGCAGCUUCCUGAGAAAUGGUCCCGGAAAAUUCGAGUUUGGGGAGGGCAGAUACACGCACUGGUUUGAUGGUAUGGCCUUGAUGCAUAGGUUUCUCAUCUGUGAGGGCAAAGUAACUUACAGCAGUCGCUUCCUAAGAAGUGACUCAUAUGUCUGCAACUCUGAGAAGAACCGCAUCGUAGUUUCAGAGUUCGGGACGUUAGCCAUGCCUGACCCCUGCAAGAACAUUUUUGCACGCUUUUUUUCCCGCUUUCAGACACCAAAAGCGACAGACAAUGCUAAUGUGAACUUUGUCAAGUACAAAGGAGACUAUUAUGUGAGCACAGAAACGAACUACAUGAGAAGAGUGGAUCCACAAAGUCUGGAGACAAAAGACAAGGUGGAUUGGAGCCAGUAUAUUGCAGUCAGCUCAGCUACAGCUCACCCACACUAUGAUCGAGAAGGGGCAGCUUAUAACAUGGGCAAUUCUUAUGGCAAACAGGGUUUUUUCUACAACAUCAUUCGUGUCCCACCCCCUGAGAACGAGGCAGCAAAGACGGAUGCAGCUGACCUCUCUGGAGCCGAAGUGAUCUGCUCCAUCCGUGCAGCUGAAUCCAGAAAACCAUCCUAUUACCACAGCUUUGUCAUGUCAGAGAACUACAUUGUGUUUGUUGAACAGCCGAUCAAGUUGGACCUGCUGAAGUUCAUGCUCUUUAAGAUCCAGGGGAAAAGUUUUCACAAAAUCAUGACCUGGGAGCCGCGGUGUGGCACCGUUUUCCACCUGGUGGACAGGCUCACAGGCAAAGAGAGUGAGGUGAAAUAUCUGGCAGCACCAAUGUUCACACUGCAUCAGAUCAACGCCUUUGAAGACAACGGGUUCCUGGUUAUGGACAUGUGCUGUGGGGACGAUGGGGGGGUCAUUGGGGAAUACACACUGGAGAACCUGAGGCGAGAAUCAGGAGAGAAACUGGACAAGUUUUAUAACUCACUGUGCAGAAACCUCCCAAGGAGAUACGUCCUGCCUCUAAAUGUGGACGAACAAACUCCUUUGGACCAAAACCUCAUCACGCUGGAGAACUGUAAAGCCACAGCAAGGAAAACAAAACCCAGGGAGGUUUACGUGACCCACGAGGAGCUCCACAGUGAUGAGCUGCUACAGUACGGAGGCCUUGAGUUCCCUCAGAUCAAUUACCUCCAGCACAACGGGAAACCUUACCGCUACUUUUACUCGUGUGGCUUUGGACACGUCUUCGCCGACUCUCUGCUCAAAAUGGACGUCCACACCAAGGAGCUUAAGGUGUGGCGUUAUCCCGGCUUGUAUCCGUCUGAGCCCGUCUUUGUUGCUUCACCCAACGCUGCUGAGGAAGAUGAUGGAGUUGUCUUGUCAGUCAUCAUCACACCCCGAAAAGAGAAAAGUACUUUCCUGCUAGUUCUGGAUGCCAAGACCUUCACAGAGCUGGGCAGAGCCGAGGUCUCUGUCUGUAUCCCAUUCGGGACCCAUGGAGUGUUUAAUGAGAUGGGCUAGGUUUGCCACCUUUUGCAACUCUGUUGCAAUUUGAUGAAAGUGAAGCAGCAACAGGCCCCUUUUGUCCACAAGAUCAGAUCAGCACCUAUCACAGUCCUGCUGAAAGAUUUUUUUAAUCAAGAAAAAUA